GGUUUUCGUAAUUUGACCUUAGCUCGGGGAGGUGGCCGUAAUUUACCCCUUAAUAAAAUAACAUUCUCUACCAGCUUUCUUGAAAUUAUUUCAUUCAAGCAUUAAAUUUUUCUCAUUUGCUUUACCUAAAGAAACCAAGGCAGCAGAAAAAAUGAAGGCUAAUAAUAUCCAAAUCCAAUGCAUAAUAUUCUUGAUAAUUUUGCUGCCAAUUAUUAAGCCUUCACAUUCAUCCGAUCCCGAUCCGCUACAAGACUUCUGCAUCGCCGAUCUAAAAUCCCCGCCGUCGAUCAACGGCUACCCAUGCAAGCCCACCGUAAACGUGACCUCAGACGAUUUCUUCUUCGAUGGUCUAAGCAAAGAAGGAAACACAACAAACAGCCCCAUGAAGAGCUUCGUCACGCAUGGACACGUGUUGGCGUUUCCAGGCCUCAACACGCUCGGCAUGUCGAUGAACCGACUCGAUAUAGCCGUUGGAGGGGUCACCCACCCCCACACCCACCCUAGGGCUACCGAGUGCGGGGUCGUGGUUAAGGGAAAAAUGCUUGUCGGCCUUAUUACGAGUGCGAACAACGUCGUUUAUUCCAAGAAUUUGAGUGCCGGCCAGGUUUUCGUUAUUCCGAGGGGUUUGGUGCAUUUUCAGAUGAACGUUGGCCGGGGAAACGUGCUCGUUUUUACUGCGUUUAAUAGCCAUUUUCCCGGUACGGUACAGAUCUCGAAGAGUCUCUUCGCUUCGAAACCUUCGGGUAAUAAUGGUGUUAAUGUUGUUCCUGAUGAGGUUUUGAUGAAAGCUUUUCAGGUGAAUAAAACUGUUGUUGAUGAAAUUAAGUCCAAUCUUUCCAAGUAAUUAUUUUGAUCACUGUAACAUAUGUAUUAUCAUAUUGUAUCUGUAUAAUAUUGUCAUUAAUAAAUUAUUAUUGUUACAAUGAAACUAUGAAAGAGUAACAAAUUUUUAAUAUUUCAAAUAAUAUAUGCAUGAACUGAGGGGUGAAA